AAAAUGAGGAGAAGCUCUCCAUUCGCUUGGUGCCCAGCACGGGUGAUGCGGAAAUCUUUGGCUCCUCAUUGAUCUCCAGCACCUCGUCGGAUCGGUGGUACAACUUUGGGGAAGAAGCAAAAGCUGCGAUUUGUUCCUGGAGCGGCUGCGAGCUGGAGUUGGCGGGAUCUGCAAGUGUAGAAUACCUAGCAGACAGCUUGAGUCCCACUUUUGGUGCCUAUACGAAUUUGCACCUCUACUUGGAGCAAGAACGACUCAAAGCUAGGAACGAGUUGAGAAAUGCAUCCAGAGAGACGUUGGAGGACAUCAAAGAUAGAGCUCUCAGGGCUGCUAACCCGACAAUACCGCUAGAGGUGGACUCCAAAGACAACACGGGCGUAGCAGAGCUGCUGACUGGUGGUGAGAAAUCUGGACAAGCGAUCUAUGAGAAUGUAGGACAAGGACCGAGGGUGUUGGUCGUAGGACCUGAAUCGGCUGGCAAAACUUCUCUUGUCAGAUUGCUCGCCAAUUACGCCCUCAAAAGCCCAGCAGUCUGCGAGAUUCCACACAUGAAAGCUCAGGAGGACAACGAGAACAAGAGAGAUGGGGAAGCAGAGAGUGCACUGACAGGUUGGUGGCCCGUGAUUGCUAACCUCGAUCCUAGCGCUGUGAGUGCCCAAUGAGCUGCCAACGCGGGCGUCGCAACUUUCACCUUGCUCGUGAAGAGAGUGACGGCGGAUAUUCGCUAACAUGGUGAGCUCUGGUGCGACAACCUAUACCCAAGGGAGCUCCGACCCUACCGUGCACCUUUUCUCUCCUUCCUCUCUCACCUUCCCCCAGCGUCUCCCUUACAACCGCUUCGCCCGCCUACCCGUUCGGUUUAACCCUUCCCACAACAGGUCUUUUCACCACCACAUCCCUCAAUCCCGUCUCCUCCAUUCCAGCUCAAUCUCUCUGGCUAGGCAAGGAAGACGUCAGAACCAACGAGGUGCACUCCAAAAGAGUCGUGGACUGGUUGGGAGCUGCUCUGGAAAGACGUUUGGCUAGGGAUUUCAGAGCCAGAUGUAGUGGAGUCAUUGUGGAUAGCAUGGGCGUCAAUUCCAAAGAUGCCAGAAAAGGCUACUCCUUCUUGAAACAUGUGGUCAGAACGCUACAUAGUGAGUAAGUUGGCUCGAGGUAUCAACACCUUGCUGCGAACCUGCACGAAGCGGGACAUGGACGUUUGGAGGACAAGUUGUGAGCACUGUUGACCUCAGCUUCGGUGGUGCUUUCUUUCGCUUUCUCGUUGCAGUCGACACGAUCAUCGUCCUGGGCCACGAGAAGCUGCAUAUCGAAUUGACGCGCCUCUUCGCAACCUCAAGUGCUCCUCCUGGUGGUGAAGCAUCCGGAGGCUCGAACGCAAGCUCAUCCACCCACAAACCUAUCCAAGUGAUCAAAUUGCCCAAAUCAGGCGGAGUGAGUGAAAUGAUUUCUCAUCACGCGUCUUUGCACGCUUCGUGUACGCUUGUUGAUCUCGAAAGGAGUUGCUGUAUCACCAUAUAGGUCGUCGAGCUGGACGAGACGUACAAAGCUCGAUUACGCAACUUGCAAAUCCGCAAUUACUUUUAUGGAGGAAGCGUCGACAAGAAGAGCACAUCGGCCAAAACGGGCGCCGAUCAUGUCGCCUCGUCUCUGGCACCGGCUGUCGUUGACGAUCGGAUGCAGGAAGCUACCAAUAAUGACGGAGCGCCGACGGAUGGGACACCGUUAGGAGGUUUGCCACCUCUUAAUCCCCUGACUACUUCUAUCCCUUUCGAUCUGCUGGAAAUCUAUAGAGUGGGACAGGGUGAGUUCUGGUGCUUUCAUUUUCAUCAUUGGGCUGCUGCUGCACCCCUUCGCAGGCUCUCUUGCUGAAAAUCCGGACAUUCAAUUCAGAAUCCAUGGCACCCACAUCCGCUCUACCGAUAGGAAUGGGUCGAACAGUGACAGAGACGCAACUGCUGAAACUUGAUAUAGUGAACAGUCUAGCAGACCAGAACAGCAUCUUGCACAACGUAUUGGCGCUCGUUGAGCCCCCUCAUGGAGGAGGAGGACCGGGUCAGCCUGAUUCUCAGACUGUGCCUCCUCCAGAAGACGACGCCAUCAUUGGAGCCAACGUGCUGGGGUUCCUUCACGUGUGAGUGCUGCAUCUUGAACGCCAACACCUCGGCACGACAAGGGCGCACACUUUUCUGAUGGAUGAAUCUCUCGACCCGCUAUGCUGUAGCGUCGGCAUCGACACGCAGAGAAAAAAGCUGAACAUUCUUUCGCCAAAUCCGACAAAGAGGUUGCCAAGCAAGACUGCCUUGUUAGGAGUGAGUGGAAUCCGGAAGCGAGACUGGCGAUGAAUGCCUUUCAUUUUUGCUGAUUGACUCGGACCUCUUUCAAUCGCUUUCCCGGCAGACUCUCGAUUGGCAAGACGCUUAGCAAGAGAUGAACAUUUCCUUCUUUGUGCAUGACCGAGAUGUUCGCCCCGUCGUUUCUUUGCGAGAUGGCGAAUCGUGUGAUCGCUUUAAGCUACAAAAGGGGAGGGGCAGACACGAGUUGUUGUAUCGUCACGCUCAAGGCUUUCUUGCUUGUGACCUGUGACGAUACAAUGACCACAGACAGCGUGACUGAUUCGCAUGCCGAGAUUUACGAUUGCAGAUUCGCAAGCUUCUUCCAUCAUCGUGUAUGCGGAAGGAAGAAUGCAUUUCUGAUUUCUCAGCCAAACGGCAGUCAAAAGUGUAGGGCAUGCAUAAAGGCACACGCACACAUUAUCCCGUUCACGUUCACCCGGCUUUCAGACUUGUGGUGCUUGAAGGCAUGUGUGGCCCCUGUACGAUGCGUAUGCAUGGAGUCAAGAGUUUCGAGUGCGACUCGUGACUGCCAUCGCCGGCCGAAGGGCGACUACGGCAAAGUAGCCAUUCAGCAAGCAGCCAACCUUUCGUGCACCAAAGGAAAGGAAAGUGGGGCGCUACUUUGGCAAACACUUUGGACGUCCUCACACACACCCACUCGCACGGCAUUCGCUCUGAUGAGUGUUGCAUAUGUAGGUACGUCUCGGCUUUGUGAGUGGUAGUUUGCCGUAUCGGCGGUUUCGUCGCUUGCUACCACCUUCAACUUCGUCCGGCCUGAGAUGAAGCUAUGGGUGCGGACCGCAAUUCCGGACGAAUGGGAUGCAGUGAAGCUCCCCCCGACUCAGAGCCAAGAGUUGAUCUGGCGUGAUCACCGAAUGCAGCGUCUUUGCAAGGCGCAUUUCAACAAAAUCCCUGAACACGGCAGGCUUUUCAAUGUUCAAAUCUCAAAAUGUCAGGUGAUCAAGGCAUGGA